AGAUGACAACUUUCACUUCUCAACUCUACUCCAAUGGUGGAACCUCUCUGUUCAACAAGAACCAAACCUCUCCAUCGAACAAGCAUCUCAAUUUCUCAAAACCCUCGAGAGUACAAGUCAUAUCCGCCGUUCAGUUCCGACCUUGCAUCGACAUCCACAAGGGGAAAGUGAAACAAAUAGUUGGAUCCACUCUAAGUGACUUGAAAGAAGAUGGAUCAGUCCUCGUUACCAACUUCGAAUCAGACAAGUCUGCAGAAGAGUAUGCGAAGAUGUAUAAAGAAGAUGGGCUCACGGGUGGUCAUGUGAUCAUGCUUGGAGCUGACCCUUUAAGCCAAGCUGCAGCUUUAGGAGCAUUACAUGCUUAUCCCGGCGGUUUGCAAGUUGGAGGUGGAAUCAAUUCAGAGAAUUGCUUGAGUUAUAUAGAGGAGGGAGCAAGUCAUGUCAUUGUCACUUCGUAUGUGUUUAACAAUGGGAAGCUUGAUCUUGAAAGACUGAAAGAUCUUGUGAAGAUUGUUGGGAAGCAAAGACUGAUAUUGGAUCUUAGCUGCAGAAAGAAGGAUGGAAGAUACGCUAUCGUUACUGAUAGAUGGCAGAAGUUCAGCGAUGUCUUACUUGAUGAGGAAUCACUGGAGUUUCUUGGAGGAUUUGCAGAUGAGUUUCUUGUGCAUGGAGUAGAUGUUGAAGGAAAGAAGCUAGGGAUCGAUGAAGAGCUUGUAGCAUUGCUUGGCAACUAUUCUCCGAUUCCAGUAACGUAUGCGGGAGGCGUGACGGUGAUGGAUGAUAUAGAGAGGAUCAAGGAAGCUGGAAAGGGACGUGUGGAUGUAACUGUAGGAAGUGCCUUGGACAUUUUUGGGGGAAAUCUACCUUACAAAGACGUUGUCGCUUGGCAUCACAAGCAAGAAGAACCCUCGGCCUCAACACUCCACUGAAAUUCAUCAUGUUUCAUCUUUUGCUUUGUUUGAUUUCCAAGAUUGAAAUCUUCUACUUAAUAAUUGUUGUUGAAUAUUUUUCAUGAAUUAUUUCAUUGCUAAUUGCCUUACCAUUUC